GUUUCCGGCCUCGAUCGGACAGCUGCAGGGCCGGGCCUGAGGACGUCGUGGGCCGCUGCGCUGUGCUGCCUUUCCUGUGGCGGGGCUUUUGCUGAGGACAGCGUGCGGAGCGAGGGCGGUAGAGAAAGAUCUUGCCUCCCUGCCCUACAAAUGGAGGAGAAACUUAGGACCACAGAGGGGAAUGCGCUUGGCCAAGGUCACAGAAUGAAUUUGAGGCAGAACCAAGACCACCACCGAGCCUGCUGACUGCCAGUCCCGAGCUCUCACAAUUGCGUCUCAUAGGGAGCUAGCUAGGAGGGAGAGGUCUUCCCCCUACCUGCCAUCUGUCCCAAGGGAAUGAAGGAUGGCAGCACGCCGUGCAUUAAAAGCUGUUUUGGUAGAUCUCAGUGGCACACUUCACAUUGAAGAUGCAGCUGUGCCAGGCGCGCAGGAAGCUCUUAAAAGGUUACGUAGCGCUUCCGUAGUGGUUAGGUUUGUGACCAACACCACCAAAGAGAGCAAACGAGACCUAUUGGAAAGGUUGAAAAAAUUGGAGUUUGAUAUCUCUGAAGAUGAAAUAUUCACUUCUCUGACUGCUGCCAGAAGUUUAGUGGAGCAGAAACAAGUCCGACCCAUGCUGCUAGUUGAUGAUCGGGCACUACCUGAUUUCAACGGAAUACAAACAAGUGAUCCUAAUGCUGUGGUCGUAGGAUUGGCACCAGAACGUUUUCAUUAUCAAAUUCUGAAUCAGGCAUUCCGGUUACUCCUAGAUGGGGCGCCUCUGAUAGCAAUCCACAAAGCCAGGUAUUACAAGAGGAAAGAUGGCCUAGCCCUGGGACCUGGACCAUUCGUGACUGCUUUAGAGUAUGCCACAGACAUCAAAGCCACAGUGGUAGGAAAACCAGAAAAAACGUUCUUUUUGGAAGCAUUGCGGGGCACUGGCUGCGAACCAGAGGAGACCGUCAUGAUAGGAGAUGAUUGCAGGGAUGAUGUUGGUGGGGCUCAGAAUGUCGGCAUGCUGGGCAUCUUAGUGAAAACUGGCAAGUAUCGAGCAGGAGAUGAAGAAAAAAUUAAUCCACCUCCUUACUUAACUUGUGAGAGCUUCCCUCAUGCUGUGGACCACAUUCUGCAGCACCUACUGUCAACUGUUAUGUGAAUCAGAAGCAACUUGAAACGCAGCUUUUCAUCGUCGGGCAUGAAUCCCUCACCAGCUCGGUGCCAGCGUAGAUAGACAGCCAGUGCUGCUGACGGUGUAACCUUCUUUUACUGUGCAUUAAUCAGAAAGAAAGGUAUUGAAUUGCAGCCCCUAAGCUUUGCUAAUCCCUUUUGUUUUAUUUCACAAAAGAAGAUGCGACCCGAAGAAAGGGAAAGCUGAGGUUUUAUGCCAUUGCUGUUAAAAUAUUCAUGGGGUUCGGCAGGGCUGGGGGAGAAUCUGCCGUGGGGAGUCCUGUUCUCUGCUGUCUGCUCACUAGAAAAUUGGGAGCAAGGGGGAUUCAGAUUGUGAAUAAAGUUGAGUGUUGUUUUUUAAAUUGUAAAAUAAUGUGUUGAAAGGUGCAUUAGGCCAUAAUUUUAA